AUGACACAAGGUGUAAGAAGGAAAAGGUCCCUCCAGAAUGUCACUGAGUCGCCAUGUGUCGUCCAUAAAGAGUGUGUGAUUUCUCGCUUCUUCUUCUCUCGCCUUUUCAGUCACACGCCAUCGUCCUAUUAUCUACGCUUUGAAAGAAGGCUCGCUUCGUUUGAGGCGUGGCCGACGCAAAUGUAUCAGACUGCUGAAGAGAUGGCUCAUGCGGGCUUUGUCUACACUCAGGGUGCCAAUGGUGUGUGCUGUUUCCAAUGUGGUGUGCGGCUGAGACAAUGGGCGUCCCACGACGAUCCUUGGGUGGCACAUCACAAGUGGUCCCCACACUGCGACUACCUCAAGCUUACCGGUCUGGUGAAACACAAGAAGAAGCUACAACUACACUAUCUCUGCGAGGAGAAUGUGAAUCAGAAGAACACGAAUGGCGUAGCAUGA